AUGCGGCAGGCAACAGUUGCAGCGGGAGAUGCAAGUGAGCACCGGGCGAUGCUCCAGGACCGAUUUGAGGCACUCGGCGAGCACCUUGCAGGGACGACCGACCACGCCUCUGCUGCGGACGCCCAGUCUAGGCUGCGGCAGCGCGGUCGCACGGCGAUGCUCUCGUUGAGGUCCGUCACUCAAGCCUCCGCAGCCGCAGACCGGUCGACCGCAGCGCCAGCGCGGUCGAACGGCGAACCUUUCGUUGAGGUCAGUCACACGCGCCUCCGCACCCGGUCGUCCGCAGCGCCAAGGCGUGUGACGGACUUCAACGAGAGAAUCGCCGUUCUGCAGCGGCAGGCAACAGUGGCAGCAGGAGAAGCCAGCGAGCACGCCUCAAUGCUUCAGGACCGAAUUAAGUUCCUAGGCCUGGACCUUGAGAGGAUGGCUGACCGCGCUUCCGCUGCGGAAGCUCGAUCUACGGCUGCGGAGGCGCGUGUGACGGACCUCAACGAGAGGAUCGCCGUUCUGCAGCGGCAGCCAACAGUGGCAGCAGAAGCAAGCGAGCACGCCUCAAUGCUUCAGGACCGAAUUAAGUUCCUCGGCCUGGACCUUGAGAGGAUGGCUGACCGCGCUUCCGCUGCGGAAGCUCGAUCUACGGCUGCGGAGGAACGUGUGGCGGACCUCAACGAGAGGCUCCACGCUCCUCAGUGGGGGGCCACAGCAGUGACGGCGGCAGGAGAAGCAGGCGAGCACGCCGCGAUGCUUCAGGAAGGGGCCGAGGCACUCAGCCAAGACCUUAGGGGGUUGACUGACGCCACUGUGGCCGAAUCGAGAGCCGCGUCGCUUGCUACAAGCGCAGGCUUCUCCGCGGCGGGAGCAGAGACAACGAACGAGGGCAACAAUGACGACGACCUCAUCAACAGGGCCCUCGAGAGGGUGGCGAGCGUAGAUCUCUCUAUCGCGAGGUACACGGAGGCGAGCGCAGAACUCCGGAGCGCCGCUGACCGGGCUCCCGAGGUAAUAACGCACGAGACACCCCGUUCUCGAGCCCGAUCGCAAGGGAUCGAGGUCGCGGCGGUCGGGCGAGUAGCGGGAGCGGAAGUGAGGACAGUAGAGCUAGGACUCGGCAACGCCCGCCUCCGUGCGCUCGCCGUGGCGGGCAACGAGGAGAGCAAGGAAGAGGUGGUGGACGAGGAGGUCCGAGCUCGGCGAUUCCACCUGUCUGCCGAGAACUCGCACUUCGAGCGCGAGGUCGCCUACGAAAACGCUUCGCCGCACGAGCGGGCCCGCCGGGAGGCCGACGCGCGGCUUGAGGGUACCGUCGGGGGCGAGGCGGAGAGGGAGAGCGCCAACGGCUGCCACUGGCGGGCCGCGAUGGCAGACCUGCGCGAGAUCGACGUGAGGAUGGAGAGGCUGCAGCCCAUCAUCGAGGCGGGGGGAGAGUGGCUGCGGCUGCAACGCUUGAAAGACGAGGAGGGAAGGCGCUACGAGUCGGCGGCGAGCAGCAACGCGUCGGAGGCGCUGGCGCGAAGAGUGUCCAGGUUGGAAGAGUGGAGGGACGGCCUAGAGGAGUGGAGGAAGGCCGCCAACGAGCAGCGUCGCGCGGAAACCGACGCGCUGCUACGGUUCUCGGACGAGGCGAGGACGACCGCAGGGGUCUUCGCCGGCCAGCGGAGGCCCGGGGCCUUGGCCGAGGAGAGGGCCUCCCGGACGAGACGGCAGGGCGGUGCGUCGAGCAACCGAGUCCAGGUCUAGAGGUGAGGACCAAUAAUUGGUUCUUGUGGAAGGUGCAUUCAUUCUCUCCUGUGAAUUGUUUUUUGUCCAAACCUUCCUGGCCUAGGGGGCUUCAAUAGAUAUCGAUUGUACGCUGUCUCAACUGAAAAGUCCCGGCGGGGUGAUUGGUUGCCGCGGGGCGCCGGAUUUUAUUCUGUUUCUCGGAGGCGGAAAGCUGACGCCCGCCCUUACCUCGGAAACACUUGCUCAACGAAGCUGGCAAGGGCCCUCUGUUGUCACGCGUGCAGCCUCACAGAAUACAGAUAUUGAACGGCAUGCAUCUCAGCCCACCCGUCGACGACUUUCCCGACUGGGAUUUCCAACGCACUUCGUCAAAGAUUUUCUCUGGGUUGUUGACGAUCCCCCCGUCCACCGACAUGGAUAUCGCGGCAGUUGCUAUUCCCAAACGUCUGCCUGGACUGGAACUCAACCCAAGGCGACAGCCAUUUUCUGUGUGUCGGUCUUGAUUGCUCGUUCACAGCUGCUCUUACUGUGGGAUUCAUGCCCUAUCUACAUCUCCAGACAUUGAGGUAGUUUCACACGAGCGGGAGGAACCAUAGUUAGGAUCAAUGCGGGAGGAAGGUGUACGUUUCCUGAGCACACGAGACCUACAUUGUCGGGAUUCUCUGCACGCUUCACCGUGAACACAAUUUAUCUUUCCUUCUCGAGGAAAGAAGUAAUUGUCGAUUCUAGUCAGAGAACGACGUGCAUACCACAUGCAAGCACAAUAACAAUCCGAUGCACCACAUUUUGUCAGGCUACGCUCAGCGCCGCCAUCCGACAGCAAUACACCCACUUACACUCCCAAACCCUCCCUGACAUGCUUCGUGACCGACUUCGAACCAAACACAACCGCAGGGGUGGAGGUCACGGGAUGUUAGGGCGUACCGAUGCCCGAGUGGGAGUACAGUCGUGUUUACGGAGGGAGGUGGAUGUUUACCACUCGUGGCAGGAGGAUGUGCGUGCUACAGUGGCGUCGACGGCGGGAGGGCCGGGCGCGGGCGCGUGUUUACAGUUUCGUUCAUGUUUUACCCCCACUUCUUCGUGAGCCGGGCUGAACCAAGCAACAGCAGGUCGCGGGAUGUGAGGGAGUACCGAUGCCCGAGUGGAGGAACAGCUUAAUUUGCGGAGAUGAUGGCUGUUUUACCAUAUUCCAGGAGAAUGUGUGGUCGCGGCAUGUGAGGGGGUAUCGAUGGCCGAGUGAGAGUACAUUUAUGUUUGCGGAGGAGAAGGACGUUUAUCCAUUCGUUCCAGGAGGAUGUGUGUGCUACAGUGGCGUGGAGGGCGGGAGGGUCGGGGGGGGGGGAUGUGUAUACCUUCGUCAUGUUUUAUCGCCACUUCUUCGUGAGCCGAGCUGACCCAAAUGACAGUAGGCUACGGACUGUACAAGGAGACUAAAGCGCGAGUAGGGGUACAAUUUUGUUUACCGAGGGAAUGUUCGCCACUCGUGACAGGAGGAUGUGUAUGCUUCAGUGGCGUGGAGGGCGGGAGGGCCGAGGGGGGUGUAUGUGUAUAUCUUCGUCAUGUUUUAUUCCCACUUCGUGAGCCAGGUUGAUUCAAAUAGCAGCAGGUCGCCGGAUGCGAGAGGACCCAUGCACGAGUGGGAGCACGGACGAGAUGGGUGUUUGCCACUCGUUCCGGGGAGGUGUGUGGUACAGUACACGUCGGAUGAUGGCGCGUGUUUGUAAAAAUUCGGCAUGUUUUUGUCUCCAUUUCUUCGUGAGCCGGGCUGAACAAAACAAAAGCAACUCACGGGAUGUGAGGGAGUGCCGAUUUCCGAGUGGGAACGCAGUUUUGUUUAUGAAGGAGAGCGACACGUUCCACGCGCUCCAGGAGGGGGGCGGGCGUAUGUGCACAACUUCGUCAUGGUUCAUCCCCACUUCUCCGUGAGCCGGGCUGAACCAAGUAACAGCAGGUCGCGGGAUGUGAGGGAGUGCCGAUUUCCGGGUGGGAACGCAGUUUUGUUUAUGAAGGAGAGCGACAUUUUCCACGCGCUCCAGGAGGAUGUGUACCAGUAGCCAGGGGGGCGGGCGUAUGUGUACAACUUCGUCAUGGUUCAUCCCCACUUCUCCGUGAGCCGGGCUGAACCAAGUAACAGCAGAUCGCGGGAUGCGAGGGAGUACCGAUGCCCGAGUUGGCGCACAUUUUGUGUUUUACGAAGAAAGGACGUUUUCCACUCGCUCCAGGAGGAGGUGCACAAGGUAGCGAGGGGGGCGGGCGUGUGUGUACAACUUCGUCAUGUUUUGUCAUCACUUCUUCGUGAGUCGGGCUGAACCAAGUAGUAGCAGAUCGCGAAUUGUGAGGCCACUACCGGUCGAGUGGGGGUAAAAUUUUGUUGACGGAAGGAGAUGAUGUUUUGCACUCGUAGUGGAUGUGUGUGCUACAGUGGGGUGGAGGGCGGAGGGGCCGGGGGGCGUGUGUGUACAACAUCAUGUUUUAUUUCCAGCUCGUCGUGAGCCCGGCUGAACCAAAUAACAGCCCGUCGUGGGAUGUGAGGGGGUACCGAUGGCCGAGUGGGAGUACAAUUGUUUUUACUGAGGAGAUGGAUAUGCGCCACUCGUUCCAACCGAGGUGUAUGAAGUACGUAGCGUGGCGGGGGGGUUGCACUACCACGGCAUGUUUUUUCUUCAAAUUCUUGGUAAGUAGGGCGCACCCAUAUCACACCGGACCGCUCAAGGGGGCAUUGCGCGUGAUUGAGUGUAGCAUGGAUAUGAACAGGCUGCCUGGUGGUCGUUGCAAGGUGUGUGCUUGGCGUAGCACUCGGAGGGUCGAUCGAACAUGCAUACGUGCAUCCGCGACAGCGUUCGUCUCGUUCGGUUUUCCCUGUU